CACGUCGGCAAAGAGAGAGAGAGAGAGAGAGCGCGCGAGAGAGACUCCCGAGUGUUUAAUGGAAUAACUCGGUGAGUCGGUUUAGAUGAAUCGGACAGACUGCACGCAGACCCUCAGAGGAUCCGCUCCAUAAAGCUGCAGGAACUAUGGUGAAGAGUGUAAACAGUGAGGCGCAGCAAAGCGUCAGUGCACUAGAGCGAGACACACAUGAACCUGGGACUGAAAAUACCACAGAUGACAGUAAGGAGCGUGUUGCCACGGCACCCGGAGUCCUGUGGCGUGUCACCGGGGGUGUCUUCAAUGUCACCAAGGGCGUUGUCGGGGCAACCGUAGGAGGAGUCACCUGGUUGGGCGGGAAAGGCCUGGAGAUCACCAAAUCGGCUGUCGGCGCCGUGCCUUCGGUGGGUGUCGGACUAGUGAAGGGCGGAGUCUUGGCAGUCACAGGGGGCGUGUCCACGGUGGCCAGCAAAGUUCCAUUUACAGGCAAGAGGAAGGACAAAGCGGAGUGAGGAUGAAGGCGAGGAUAAACGAUGGACUGAGACGUGCAGGACAAACACUAAAGCUGUGUUACUUCACCCACACAGACGUUAUCGCUUCAUUAUUUUUAUUAUUUCUGACUUUGAGCUUUAACAUGCUGGUGUUGUUUCACUUCCUGUUACUGACAGAGUCUGUCUGUGAAGAGGGUGUGUGUGUGUGUGUGUGCGCCUGUGUGUGUUCAGGUUGGCUGUUGCUGUCUCUUCCAGACUGUAAUAAAUCUUUAAAUGACUUUAAUAGAAACAUUUCUCUGGAGUUUUAUGAUUUUUAAACUAAUUGACUUUAUUUAUUAUUAUUAUUAUUAUUAUUAUUAUUAUUAUUACAUUUCUUCUGUAGAACCCUGUUCUGGUGUGUAGAACCCUGUGUGGUUUAUGACAGUGAUGUUCUUCAGAAAAGAAUGUGUUUUUAGGUGUUUUUUUCCUGCGUUCACGUCCUGUGAGGAAACUCCACAUGAACAUUUCACUCCUGAGACGUUUUCUACCUCACACACACUAAUUUCCUCUGAGAUCACAAGUCGUGAUGUAGUAUUGGCAUUUUUCAAUAUUAUGGCUGAACUGCUGUUAGCGCUUGAUGCUAAGUGUAACGACUGUGUUGUUUUAGUCAUUCUGAGACUUUUUUAAAGUAAUCGAUCACAGAUCUGAGGGCGAUGUUGAUGUUGUGGGUGGUUCUGUGUUGUUUCCGCUCUCACCGUGUGUUUACUGUCUGUAUAAAAGACUAUACGCUAAAUCAUUAGCCUAGUUUUUGAUACCUUUUCGCUGCUUCCAGAACAGGUCACUGGAAAUUCACACUAAAUCUACUCCUACAGCAUGGUGGCUAAGUAACAUUAGUGCCUGGGAUAACUCCCUGCAGCCCAUGAUUUUAAAACGUAAUAUUUGAGUGACCACACCGGGGAAAUGCACCAAACUGUAAUCAUGUUAUCUAUCCUGUAGGACAGGGGUAUCCAAUCUUAUCCAGAAAAGUCCAGUGUGGGUGCAGGUUUUCAUUCCAACCAAGCAGGAGCCACACCUGAGUCUAUUGAAAGCCAAGAUCACCUGAUUAAACAGGUGGAAUCAGGUGUGUCUCAUGCUUGGUUGGAAUGAAAACCUGUAACCACACCGGCCCUUUGCGGAUAAGAUUGGACACAGCAGAAACUCUCCCAUCUACAUCAGUAGGACUGAAGUAGAGCAUGUCUCCAGCUUGUUCCUGAGUGUUCACAUCUAUGAGGAUCUGUCCUGGCACCAUAACACUUCAGUCCUUCCAGGAGGAGAUACAGGAACACUGUUGUGGAAAAUCACCCUUGCAAAAAUAAAACCUCUCUGAGUCAAAGGGUUCUAGAUGUUAAAAAUGACUUUUAUUGAAAGAUCACAAAAGCCGAGAUGUCUGCAGAUCAUCUGACAAUCAGUGCUCCUGCUUUCAUACAGUACUAAAACAUUCAUCUAAUUUCUGUCGGCUCGACCCAAUCCUGUUUCUUUCCUCGUAUCUUCUCUAUAACUGAGGCCCAAUCUCAGCCAGCUUCAUUUUCUUCAAGUUUCUAUUUUCCUGAUUUGUGUACAGACUCCAUAUCUCUAAGCAGG